GGUUGAACCGGAGGGCCUUUAAAAAGAGAAGUGUAGCCUGGAUGUGUGUGCGUGUGUGUGUGUAUGUGUGUCUGCCGUGAAUCAGUAGAGUUCACUGAACCGUCGCGAGGAGACGUUUCCGCCCACAAGAAAGAUGGCGGCUCCCUUACUGGAGGGUCUGUCGGAGUCCUUAGGUUCCCCGGAACCAGCGGUUCGACUCAUUUUAUCUAUCUUAAUCGGGUAUCCCUUUGCCCUGGUGUACCGGCGGUUCUUGUUUUACCAGCCUGCCACAGUUAUACACUUGUUCCACGCAUUCUCUGGACUGGCACUAGCAGCGUUCAACUUUGGCUCUCAGCUCUAUCACUCCGCAGUAUGCAUCCUUGUCCAAUUCCUGAUGCUGAGGCUCAUGGGAAGGACGGUAACAACUGUCCUAUGCAGCUUUACCUUUCAAAUGAUAUACCUGCUGGCAGGUUAUUACUACACAGCGACCGAGGAGUAUGACAUCAAAUGGACUAUGCCUCAUUGUGUCCUCACACUCAAACUUGUUGGUUUGUCAUUUGAUUACUAUGACGGCGGGCAGGAACCAUCCCAGCUGAGUUCAGAACAGAAGAAAGCAGCCCUGCCGUCUGUGCCCUCUCUGCUCGAGGUGUGCGGCUUUUCCUACUUCUAUGGAGGCUUCCUGGUGGGGCCCCAGUUUACACUGCGCAGCUACCAGAAGCUGGUGGCAGGGGAGCUCACUGACUGCCCUGGAGAGCUUCCUAAUAGUGUUAUACCGGCUAUGAAGAGGUUUGCUCUAGGUUUUCUCUGCCUAACGAUAUAUGCAAUAUUUAGCCCCUAUUAUCCAGACAGCUACUACUUAACAGAUGAAUAUGAGGCUCAGCCCUUCUGGUAUCGCUGUGUGUUUAUUCUGCUUUGGGCUAAAGUCAUUUUGUAUAAAUAUGUCAGCUGUUGGGUUAUAGCGGAGGGUGUUUGUAUAUUAACUGGAUUAGGCUACAAUGGUGUCGUGGAUGGAAAGGCCCAGUGGGACGCCUGUGCCAACAUGAAGGUGUGGCUGUUUGAAACCACGCCGCUUUUUGGAGGAACCAUUUCUUCCUUCAACAUCAACACAAACGCGUGGGCUGCCAGGAAUGUCUUCAAGCGAUUGAAGUUCCUGGGCAACAAGACCCUCUCCCAUGUGGCCACACUCUUCUUUCUAACGAUCUGGCAUGGCCUUCACUCUGGAUACAUCCUGUGUUUCUCCAUGGAGUUCUUCAUCAUCACUGUAGAGAGACAGGCCCUGGCACUGGUGAGGGACAGUCCCUUGCUGUCAAAACUGGCCAACAGCCCGCUCUACCCUCUCAUCUAUGUAGUCCAGCAGUUUUUCCACUGGCUCUUCAUGGGCUACCCCCUGGUGGCAUUCUGCCUCUUCACCUAUGACAAAUGGCUCAAGGUCUAUUCGUCCAUCUAUUUCUGUGGACAUGUAUUCUUCCUCGUCGCCUUUUUAAUCAUGCCAUACCUCCGUAAGGCGCUGGUGCCCAGGAAAGAACGGAGCCAGAUAAAGCAGGAUUAAAACUUGGUACUCAGACUUGGCAUGGUCCAUCUAAGGCUGUAUAUCCACUGAAGGGAACUGUGACUUUCAAGGAGCAGAAAGGAAAAUAUUUUAAGGCCUUUAGUAAUAUAUAUAUAUAUAUAUAUCUAUCUCGAUAUAUAUAUGUGUCCAUGUAAAAAUAAAUUACUAUAUAUUUUUGUGUUUUAAAUGGGAGGGUGUUUUUAUAAACAUUCGAAGAAAUGUUUACAGGAAAUGACCAUCGUGCCACAUGGGGUAAUUGUGAGCCAAUCAGGGGCGAUUUCCUGUUUUUUCUUUUCUUUUUUUUUUCUUUUUUUUUUUUUUUUUUAAAGAAAUGUUGGACUUGUAGAACUUGAGAGACUUUACAUGCUGUCGACACAGAAUUGCACUCACCAGUCACGGGUUCAGAGUGAUGGCUCUGAUGUGAUGUUUUUUUUUUUCUUCAUUUCUCUCACAUCUAUCACCCACAUUUAGCAGCAGCAGCCAGACUUCACAGGAGGUUUAAGCACAGAACCGUAUGUGGCACUCUAAUGUAAUGAUACAAAAUGCAUACAGCUUUCUGCAAACAACCGGUCAUAAUGAUAAUAAUGAUAAUAAUAAUAAUGAUGAUAAUAAUAAUUAAUAAUAAUUAAUAAUAAUUAAUAAUCAUCAGUGGGUUGUUUCUUGAAAAUGGCUGCCAGUGGUUAUACAAGCACUGUAAAUCACACUCGACACUAACCCCCAACUCAAAAUGGCCUUGUUUUGAUGAAUGUUUUUACAAUUACAUUUGUUUGGGUUUUAAUUUGAUUUGUGCUGGAAAAAAGACUUGAUUUUAUAGUGUUUGAGCAGCUUUUAUGACAAAAGAAAAUUUUGAAGUUUUUUGAAGUUUUCACGGGAAGAAAUUUGCAUUGUUCUCCUGACUUUCCCUGGUUUGACGUUGGUGUUUUAUUUUCUUGCCGUGUCUCCUCUUCUCCCUCUGUUCAGUCCUCCGCCAGCCUUGAUUCAAGGCCGGCCUUUUAGAAAGAGACUUGCACACUGCCCAGCCAUACAGUCACUAUGUCCAAUCAUGUCAGUUCAUCUUCUAUUCACUCAGAUCUUCACGGAUGCUUGUUGAAGCAAGGGACUGUUUCAUUUUGAACUGGAAGAAAACAAACAAACAAUAAAAAGAAAGCCUGCUUUUUGUUUCACCUAUGGCCUGUUCUAACGGCAGG